AUGUGUCGGAGGAAACACCGUACAGCUGACAACCGUGCAUCUCCCUCAGCCCGCCACGAGGAGCGUGAUGGGACGAGGACAGCCCAUGUGACCAAACCUCACCUAAUCAGGAUGACGCUGGGCCAAUUGUGCGCCGUCUCCCGGGUCGCGGUCGGCUGCGACACAGCCUGGAAUCGAACCGGGCUGAUGGCUGUCCCUGUUCACUCACCUCAGCUGAUGGCUCAACAUCACAGGGAAGAGGGUCCCCUGAACCUGGCCAUCUGGGAUACAGCAGGUCAGGAGCGCUUCCACGCCUUAGGUCCCAUCUACUACAGAGACUCCAACGGAGCCAUAUUGGUCUAUGACAUCACAGAUGAGGACUCCUUCCAGAAGGUGAAAAACUGGGUCAAAGAAUUGAGGAAAAUGUUGGGGAAUGAGAUUUGUUUAUGUAUAGUAGGUAAUAAAGUAGAUCUGGAGAAGGAGAGACAUGUAUCAGUUGAAGAGGCAGAAGGGUAUGCAGAGUCGGUGGGGGCAAAACACUAUCACACAUCAGCCAAACUAAACAAGGGGAUAGAGGAACUCUUCCUUGACUUGUGUAAAAGAAUGAUGGAGACGGCCCAAGCAGAGGAGAGGGCGAAGGGUAACGGAGCCAGCCAGUCAACGACAUCACGAAGGGGGGUACAGAUCGUGGACGAUGACCCUCAAGCCGCCACGGCCGCGGGGGGCUGCUGCUCAUCCGCUUAACCCCCCACGUCCCAACUUACCCCAUCCUCCCUCUUUCCCCCCCUUAAGCAACCAGGACUGUUGCCUCCCCUCUCAUCUCCCUCCUUAUGACAUGAAGACUGCUGUUCUCCCUCUGAGUCGUCAUCCACUUUACUCACUACACUUCUCCCUCUAUGGAACAAUGUGCUUAUAUACCAUUCUUUAUACUGUAAUAUUCAUUCAUUGCCCCCCCCUCCUGAACCAUCCAUAUGAGACCUCUGACCCCCCUCCUGACCCAUCCAUGU